CCGGCUUCGUGUCCGUAGGAAACAGAAGUAGCGAUUGUUUGUGCUUAAAAAAGGGGGAGCGCAAAGUCGCGGGCGGAGGCAGCGACCGCGGACCGGCAAGUGCAGCUUUAUUUCGCGAAGUUGAAAGAGGAGGCGAGCGGCGGCUGUCACUGCGCGCCGGGAGGCUGCCGAGCACGGCCGGGCCGGGGCAGCGGCGGGCACCGGCGCAGCCCCUGCCCCCGCCCGGAGCUCGCCCUCCGCUCCCCGGCCGGGGCGAGAGGCGCGGCUGUCGCCGGGGAGCGGCGGCGGGGCCCCGGCGGGCGGCGGGGACGGCCCCGCUCCGCGGCUCCUCCGCGCCUUGAGCGCGGGCGGCCGUACGCGGCGGCUUCCCCCCCCCCCCCCCCGCCUCCCGCUCCCUCCGCCCCGGUUCCCCCUCCAGCCCCCCUCCUCUCCCCGGCCGCCACCGCCAGGCCCGCGGACCCGCCGCCGCCGCCGCCCUCCUGGAUGCUCCGGAGCCGCCGGCGGGCGGGAUCGCGCCCGGCCGCUGCGCGGAGGCUGCGCGGGGCGGCGGGAGCGAAGCCGCUGCCGGGAGCGAGAGCACCGAGGGAGCGAACCCGGCGGGCGGGCAGCCGCUGCCGCUGCCGCCGCGGCCGGCCCUCCGCGGGCGCGGCUCGUCCUUCUCGUCCCUGCUCGGCCCGGACUAGAGGCGGCGGUGUGGGAUGAAAGGGGGGAUCCCGAGCGGGACUUGGAUGGACACUGCUACGGAAGACUUUUCCUCGGAGCUGCUGCUGCUGCUGCUGCUAAGUCUCCGAUCCCGACUGUGAACAGGUCACCCUAAAGAAUGGCCGAGCCUUCUGGGAACGAGCUGGCGUCCGCGGCUGCCAAGGGGGACCUAGUGCAACUUACUAAUUUGUUGCAAAAGAAUGUAAACGUCAAUGCACAAAAUGGAUUUGGGAGGACUGCGCUGCAGGUGAUGAAGCUCGGGGACCCCAAAAUCGCCAGGCGUUUGCUCCUCAGCGGGGCCGACCCCAACCUGAAGGACAGUACCGGCUUCGCCGUCAUUCACGACGUAGCCAGAGAGGGGUUUGCGGACACUUUGCAGACUCUGCUGGAGUUCCAAGCCGACGUUAACGUGGAGGACGACGAGGGCAACCUGCCCUUGCACUUGGCGGCCCGCGAGGGGCACGCGCGGGUGGUGGAGGUCCUGCUGGCGCGCGCCGACUGCAAGGUGGGCCACCGCAACAAGCGGGGGGCGACCGCCCACGACCUGGCCAAGCUCUACAAGAGAUCCGCCGUGGUGAAGCUCUUGGAGGACAGCCGCUGCUGCCCGGCACCCAUGAAUUGAAGCCCGGCUCGGACGUGCUCUCCUCUGGACGUUAAGGCUUUCGGCCGCCGCCUUUUUUGCUUUUUUUCUCUUUUUUUUUUGUUUUUUUUUUUUUUUCAAUGCCCUCCUUUCUAAUAACGUCUGUUGCAACCUUACUUCUAUUUUUUUUUUUUUUUUUUGAACAGCUGGUAGCUUAAGCCUAGAGGUGGGUUUUUAGAUGAUGGCAACGGUCUAAACCCACACUCCCCAGCAACUUCUUACACCUGCCAUUUACAAAAUACUCACAGACCCAGCCGCGUGUCUGUCGGUCGCUCAUACCUAGUUUUCCAGUAUCACGUUUUACAACUUAUUUUAGGUCUUUCGUAUUAAGUCAUUAACACAAGAGCUACAUAUGCACAUGCUUAAUGUUGCCGGACCUUUUUUAAGCAGAGCUUGAAGCCGAAGGCUGCGUGGCCUGAGGGCAGGGGAUAGCGCUUAGGGGCUUGGGGAAAUAGCUGCAUUUUGACACUAACAAGAGCUUGUAGAAGUAGGUCGCUUACUUUCCAAAUGUAGAUGACACUUUCCCCCUCUGUGUAUUUAAACUUUCACCAAGCUGGUUUUGAAUUUAGUUACCAGAAACAGUGUAAGUGGUGUUUUCGUGAUUGCCAGAGGUUUUAAACAGCUCAGUUUGGUAGUUCGUGUUUACUGUGCGCUGAACAAGGCGUUUUUUCUAGUUUCAAAACAAGCGGCAGAGAACCAUUGUCAGAGGCAAGAGGACACGAAGGCAGCAAUACAACAAGUUUUCUGGUCGCUUCGGAAGCUGAGUGCAGUUUAGAUGCUCUUCACCAAAUGUUUGCUUUCCACCGACUACUCUCUUUUGCCUGGAAAUAAACUAUUUUAACGAUAGAUGCGUCUCACAAAACAGGAAUAUUUGAAUACGGUGACAUUUAGGAAGCAGCACGUUUGAUAGGCGGGAAGUUAUGUUAUUGCUUGCACGUAAAACACAAUUUAACCAUUGAAAAUUUUCCAUUGCAAUACAGCCGCGAGUGUUCAUCAGACUCAAACUCCUUUACCUCUCCAGCUACAGCAGGAGCUAACGACGCUCAGCGCCGCAUGGGAAAAAGUUUAGUAUGAAACUUUUAACAUUCGUACAGGAUCUAGUUGUUGGACAGAUGGGCAGUGUAAAGUGCUUUACUUUGAAUAGUCUAAAUUUUAAUUGCGCAAAAGAGAAGGUUUUAAAUCAAUGCAGAAUGAAUAGUACUUAAAACAGCACGUAAAAGAGGAGGGGUGUACGUUAGCUUAGAUUUUAACUCUUCCAAAAAAUAUAUAUAUUUUAGCCCCACAAAAUCAGUUGCUACCGUUUUCAAGUAAAAAGUAAUUUGCUGAAACUGUCUGUCACGUUUACUAUACGCUCUGUCACACUGCUGUGUUUUCUGAUUAAAAACCUCUGUGAAAUAUGAA